UACAUACGUGUUUAUUGAUGGUGCAUUCUUGCCUACUAGCGACUCUCGUAGAUUUUUCACUCAAUACUCUAAAGACUUGCGCAAACUAGAGAUAAACCUCAGCGGAUAUUGUUCAUAAUAAAACAGAUGGAAUAGAAAGGAUCGUGGACUAGUCGCCUUUGGUCUGGACCAACUUAUAACCUUAUGACCUUUGUAAUCAAUAAAUCCAUAGUAUACUACACUUUGAACUUAUUGACCUCAAAGAUCGUAAUCGAAAGUUCGAACGAAGUUUGUAGACACCAAUUUUUUUAUACUAACUUUUGAAAGGAGACUGUGAUACAUGAAAAAGAUAAUUAUAAUCUCGCUAGCACUAUUGAUAUAAGCUUGCGGAGCACCAGUGAGAGAAGACAGGAAAUUUGACUUAUAUACUAUGAUGUGGGCUAUGGAUGAAGGUCUAGAGAAUAUGGUUGUCAGUGGAGCACCAUAUGGGGGUCCAAUUGCUAUGGUACGGGAUCGGAAACAAUUUGUUCGCAUUGUAACAACUGCAAAACCAGUGAUAACAAUUUACAAUUGUGUUGGCAAUAUUAUUUCAAAAAUUUUGUGGAACAAUGGAGUUUUAAUACACAUGGGAUGGUCUGAUAGUGAACAGCUGUUAUGUGUACAAGAGAGUGGAGAUGUCCUCAUCUAUGAUAUGUUUGGUGCUUACCAGAAAUCUUUCAAUUUAGGCCAGGAAGUCAGAGAUACUAAGGUGGCUAGAGCCCAACUGUUUUCAAACCCACAUGGCAUAGGUUUAGCUGUUAUCACAACAACUAACCGUAUGUUUGUUGUCAGUAAUGUGAAUGAACCUAAAGUUCAAAGUGUACCAGAUAUACCAAGAGCUAAUGAAUCAAUCAUAUCUUGGUGUGUUCUGAGCUCAUGGCUGAGAUCGCCAACCGUCCUUGGUUUUCUUGUAUGCAGGGACAAGGAAAUAUACAAAUGUCAACUGGGCGAGACCAGAGCUGUACUUAUGCGUCCAGAAAUAUCAAACGCGUAUACACAAAUACUGUCCAUAGUACCGUCGCAGAAUGGUAGGCAUGUAGCCCUGUUCACGGACUCCGGGUUCCUCUGGAUCGGUUCCUCCGACUUCAGAACUAAGUACUGCGAGAUCGACACUGAAUACAUCAAACAGCCCAAGGAGUUGGUAUGGUGCGGUUCCCAAGCUCUUGUAGCACAUUGGGAUGACACUAUGUGCAUAUAUGGUUUCAACGGCAAAUCUGUCACAUACCCAUACGACGGCCCAUUCCACAUUAUCGUAGAAAUGGACUGCGUCAGAGUAAUCUCUGAGAUGACACAUGAGCUCAUACAAAAAGUGCCCGUGGAAGUAGAGAAAAUAUUUAGUAUUAACAGCACUGCGCCAGGGUCUUACUUGGUUGAAGCCUCCAAACAAUUUCAGAAACGCAGCCACAGAGCUGAUGAGUACAUCAGACUAGUCAAACCAGAUCUCCCGAAUGCCGUACAGAACUGCAUCGACGCAGCGGCGUACGAGUUCAAUCCAGACAUACAGAAGAUGCUAAUAAGAGCUGCUCAAUUCGGAAAAGGAUUUAUUAUCGACCCAAUACUAACAGAUCAUUAUGUCAGAACUUGUAGAUGGUUGAGGGUCUUGAAUGCUGUAAGGGACCCCAAAGUAGCAAUCCCUCUGACUUAUAGGCAAGCUGAGCACCUGCGAGAGCGUGUACUCCUGGACCGGCUCAUCUGGCGGCGGCUGCACUGCCUCGCCGGCCACGUGGCCUCCUACCUGCAGCUCCACGACGGACGGACCAGGGUUCUGUCGCAUUGGGCUUGCUACAAGGUGACACAACCUCACACAGACAAUGAGAGUGCAGCGCGCGAGAUCGGUGACAAGCUGCGGAAUGUGCCCGGCAUCUCCUACUCCACCAUCGCUAUGAAGGCCGCGGAAAAGGGACGGAAGGCUCUGGCCAUCAAAAUUCUGGAAUAUGAAACAUACAGCAAACUUCAAGUCCCACUCUUACUGACUUUAGGUGAAGGUCCAAGAGCAUUACAGAAAGCCACAGCCAGUGGGGAUACUGAUUUGAUUUAUAUUGUUCUGUUGCACCUAAAAGAAAAAAUGGGGAAACAUGAAUUCGAGCUAACAAUCCGCAACUUCCCGCUCGCGCAUGCGCUAUACAUCAAGUACUGCGCGAGCCAUAACCGCGAGGCGCUGCGCAAAGUAUACGUACAGGAGGACGACUUCCCCGGACAGGCCGCCACGCACAUCCGCGACGCCGUCGAGCAAACCAACCCGGGCAGCGCGGAAGCAUCGCUCAUAUCCGCCCGGGAGUGCUACAAGAAGGGCAAGAACGAUUUAGGAGCAUCAAUUUGUGAGGAUGCGCGGAAGCUUUGUAAACAGCAAUCGAGCCUGCAAGAGACAUAUGGUACCAGCUUUAUUGGGCUCUCGAUGCAUGACACUGUCAAGAAGUUGCUCGAACAGGGUGAAGUGAAAUUGGCUGACAAACUGCGCUCUGAAUACAAAAUGCCGGAUAAGAGGUACUGGUGGCUGCGUAUCCUCACACUAGCAAAACUAAACGACUGGGACGAAUUGGAACGAUUCUCGAAGUCAAAGAAAUCCCCAGUCGGUUACGAGCCGUUUGUGGACGCCUGUCUCAAGCAUGGAAAGAACGAUGAGGCCCUGAAGUAUUUGCCAAAGUGCCGAGAUGAUAUAAAAGUGAAAUACUACGUAAAAGCAGAGUUCUACGAAGAUGCAGCACAAGUGGCAUUCGAACAAAAGGAUAGAAGCGCACUAAUAUUCGUUCAGAGCAAGUGUCCAUUACGAGAAACAGUAAAACACGACAAAAUAUCUAGUCUGAUAGAACAAUUAGGAACUAGGAAGUAAGCGUAGUUAUUACACAUUAUUAUAUAUUAUAAUUAUACAUCAAAUCACAUAUAUUCCUAUAACUCUGUAUAUAUCUUGUAAUAAUAGUUUUAGCCACGUAAAAUGUAUAUAUAUUUUCUAACGGAGCUCUGCCGGCUACCGAUCUAUGUUUGCUAUUGAAUUGCAACUAGAUUCCAAAAUAUAAAAUUAAAUAAUAUAUAAUAACAUUUAAGAUUGACAUUUAUAUAUAUAUUAAAAAAAAAAUUGUGAAAUGGCCUGCGUUCAAAAAUAUAUAACAGUAUUUCGACGCAUUAUGACGCUUUAAAUCCGAGGCUCGAAUCUAACGAGACAAAAAGCAACUCUACAUUUGGCUGUGCACGGAGAAUAAUAAUAAAUAAAUAU